AGUUUCGAACCCUCGGGGCUCAUCCGGGCCGGAGAAAGACCUUGGAGGCUCAUGGCUGCGGCGAACCAAGCGCGGCCACUUUCUAUAACCUCCGAAAGGAUUAACCUCAAAACGGUGGAAGAAGCCGUGAGAUCGCUCGUGAAGUGGAGAAAAUCCAGGUCCCACAGCGAGAAGCUCAACUUAUCGGAUCAAGAAGACGAGUUCUUCUACCUCGUUCUCUCCCUCAAUAAAGUCCCCCAUCGAGAUCGCGCAAAUACUUAUAAGAUUCUUCUUCCGCAUUCUCUCCUCUCCGAAUCUUCCGAGCUCUGUUUAAUCAUCGAUGACAGAAUCAAGAAAGGACUCACCAAGGAUGAUGCGCAGAAGAAGAUCAAAUCCGAGAAUAUACCUAUUUCGAAUGUCUUGAAGCUCUCGAAGCUCAAGUCAAACUACCGUUCGUCCGAGGCGAAGCGAGAGCUAUGUGCUUCUUACAAUAUGUUUUUCGCGGACAAGAGUGUGGCUCCGCAGUUGCCGGGCCUAUUGGGGAAGAAGAAGGUUCCUGUGCCGUUGGAUUUGAAGGAUAGGAAUUGGAAAGAGCAGAUUGAGAAGGCGUGUUCUUCAACAUUGUUGUGUUUGAAGACAGGUACGUGUUGUGUGGUGAAAGUGGCCAAAGUGUCGAUGGAGAUGGGUGAGAUCGUUGAGAAUGUGAUUGCUGCUUGUAAUGGUAUCGCCGACGUUGUGCCCAGUAAGUGGGGGAAUAUAAGGUCGUUUCACUUGAAGCUGUUGGUGUCUCUUUCUUUGCCUAUUUAUCAGGCUGAUCCAGAUAAGGAUUCUAAUUAAUUACACGGCAUGUACAUGAGCUAUGCCGAAAAUUUAAAAUUUUGUUUCAGUUCCGAUUAUAAUAUUCUGCUUCUA